AGUCCCUCUCUGUAGAAUUUCUCGAUUUGAGGCAAAUAACAGAUGAACUACGAUACUCAAUUCGAACUGUCUCUUCCAAUUUUGCAAUUUAUUCCAUGAUACUUUCCUUGACUGUUACACACCCCUUCCGCCAACAACAGCAGCUCUCAUAAUGCCGACCUCUCCCACAGACAUAGCCAACCUCUACAACAUUCUCGGCGCUGGUGAGCUCUCACGCCUCGACACCCACCCCGUAGAGCUCCUCGUGACUCUCCGCAUAAUCAGCGAGGCCCUUCCCCUUGCACCCCAGCGGAUUGCCGACGUUGGUGGUGGUCCCGGUAAAUACGCGUUUGCCCUCGCGGAUCAGGGACAUUUGGUCGAUCUUGUCGACCUGAGCCUUGGACUCAUCCAACUCGCUCAAGUCGAACAAGACAGGCGUAAGGCUGCUGGGAAGGGUAAUCUUCUCGAAAGCCUUUCAGUUGGAAACGCGCUGGAUCCGACUAUUCUACAACAUGGUAUCUACGAUGGUGUGCUGCUUUUGGGACCUUUGUAUCACUUGGUAGAAGAGUCGGAGCGAGUAAAGGCUGUCGCCAAUGCUGCGCAGCUGGCGAAGCCCAAUGGCGUACUUUUUGUAGCUUUCGUAAGCAUUGCUGCGCAUCUGAGGGAUGUUGCAAUGAGAGAGCCAGGGAGACUUAUUGCAGAGAAGGAAUUCUAUGCCAAAUAUCUUCAGGACGGUCGAUACGAGAAAUCCAAGCCUGGCAUCGGGAACGUCCACAGUUUUCACACGCGCGUGGGCGACAUCAAAUCAUUUUUUGCCGACAACUUCGCUGACACGCUGGAGCUCGUGGAAUUGCGAUCGCAGGAAGGCAUCCUGGGCGGUAGUCUUGAUGCUGCGUUAUCCAAGUCUGAGCCGCAGGUCAUUCAGGCGUGGGCGGACUUGAUGUACGAGAAGUACUCUACUGGAGAGGAGCAUCUGGGAUGUGCGGAUCAUUUGGUAGCUGUUUUAAAGAAGAAAACAUAGACAUAGUAUUGUAGCUAGAAUAAUGCACUCUCGAACGGGGUUUUCCCCAGGUAUGCAGCCUAAAAUAUC